AUGUCUCAACGCAUCGUCACCAACAUCCAGCUGCUGAACCACCAUGACAAGCCCUCCAGCUAUGUCUCAGCCGUGCCGCCAGCGCGUCCACAGCAACAACAACAGAAAGCGCGCCCCGCGAAGCCCAGCCUGCGCCGGCCCCAUCACCAGACAUGGACCCUCAUCAAGAACCUGCCGCUUAUGGACGCCGCGCCUAGCCCCGACAAGCCGCCCCGACACAGCAAAGAAGUCAACGCCGUGGUGCAGGUCCACGCCUCGCUCCGCAACAAGAUGCUGCCCCCCGGCCCGCUCGACGGCUCCGCCGAGCUGAUCUACAUGACCAACAUCGCCCGCUCCAACGCCCCCGGCAUGUCGCCCGACCCCGGAAAGGACACGGACGAGCUCAUGUUCAUGCUCGAGCAUCGCCCGGAGACGAUCCGCUUCUGGAUUGACGAACGCCCCGUCGGCCACCCCAGCGUGUCCAAGGAAAUCCGCAGAGGCGUCCUGGACGACUCCAGAAACUGCUCCGUCAUCAAAGUCUGUCUCAAUGGAGGCCGCGCCGCAACCUCCUCGUGUGCCGCCCCGUCCUUGCCCAAAGAGAGCGACAUUUACCUCCCCCCAUCCACCCGCGCCGCAAGAGUGUGGAUAUACCUCGAUCCCACCAAGAACCAGAACGCCGUGAACCAAGAAAAGACGAAGCUCAAUGCCAAAAACAAGGACAAGUCCAAAGGAGCCGAGAAGUCUCCUGCAGGUCCAUUGCGCCGAGCAGUCUCGCUGAAAAUGUCUCAGAAGCAGCCGCAAAAGCCAUCGCCUACAUCACUCCAGCACCAGCCAGAGAAAGCCCCGUCGCGCAACCUCCCUCAGGACCCAAGCAAGCACCACCCGGAGACGCAGCCGCAACUUCCGCCCAAGAAGGCGCCCCACGGAACCAUGCACACACGCCAGCCGCCGACGUCCUAUGGCAUUCCCAUACCCACGCGCCGCAGCAGCAAAAGGGCCACCAAGAGGUCUCCUCUAUCCACAAACCCUCCGACAACCCUCUCGCCAGGUCCUCCAGAACCGAGCGAGAAAGACUCCUCGUCCGAACACCGCCGUGUGCCUUCGACGAGGAAAGCUCAAACACACCACCAGCCGAAGGCGAGGCGCAGCAAAUCCUCCAGCGCCACCACCACCACCACAGGCCGUGUCACCCUCGACUCCACUGCUCGUCCGAAACACGCCCAGGCGCGUCAAAGGGAUCCCGCCGACGAAUCGGAACCGGAGGACUUCAGGAACGACCUUCUCAACGACAUAUCCCGUCUGAUGACGACCAACUCGGACCCGUUCGGCCGCUUCCACAACAACCACCUCCCGGACAUGACCGACAGCGAAGGGGAAGGGGAGGGGCGCGACUACUAUCCGACGACGACGGGCCCGCCGGACGGCAUGCCGACGAAGCUGAGCCAGGCGCAGCUGGGCAAGUUCUACAAGCUCGGCAAGAGGGCGCAGUCCAGCAUCUUCUUCGAAGAGGAAGCGCUGCCGGGGAAGGGCCGCAAGAUCGAGGUUUCGCAUGUGGAGAAACCGGGGGCGAAGCGGGAAUUCACGAAGCCGUCGAUGAUAAGGAGGCUGAGGAUCACGUUGGCGGGAGGAUGGCUCAAGCGGGCGGGGAGUCAGAAGAAGCAGAGCGGGCAGUGA